AGACUCUGCUGUGUAACCUGGAGGAGACUAUAGAAGUUAUACCUUCAUGCCCACGAGGACAGAACCAAUACUCAUUAUCUUGAAACUUAAAGUAUUAGUGGAAGCCUUUUAAAAAUAUAUAUAUAUAUAUAUAUGUAGGCUAUAUAUAUAUAUUCAGAGAAAGAAGUGUUCGUUUUUGUAACUUGAAAAACUUUUUAAAUAUGAAUGAAACAGAUAUUUAUCUAUUUAUUUGAACUUUUUUUACAAGAGUGAUGCCAAAGUUGACUGCCAUCAUGUGUGUCCAGCCCAGAGGCGCGCGGCGUGUAGCUGAUGACCGCAGACAGACUGCUAGAAACGAGUGAGCACGCGCGGGCUUGGAUUUUUUUUCUUUAAUUUAUUUUUGUUGAGCAUCCCGUUUUAGAAAAUUUAGCGGAACGUUUUUCUUCUUCUUCUUCCUAUCCACGAGGAUCAGUGUGAGCGGAUUCAUGAGACUCAUCACUUCACAAGUGUCCUCUGAAACUCCGUCCAGACUUUUUGUCCCUGUGAAGCGGCACCAGAGCUGACCGGAGCCGGCCGCUUCCUUCCUCAAGGAAACAAGGAGAGGAACGACAGCUGCUUCAAGAUGAAGUGCCAGAGAGUCCUCACCUGCCUGCGGGUAUUCGGCACCACCAUGUUCGGCGUGUCCCUCCUGGUGGGCAUCUCCACGGCCUACAUCAUGGGCUACCAGUUCUUCACCACGGCUCGCAAUCACCUCUCCUUCGGCCUCUACGGCGCCAUCUUGGUGAUCCACCUCGUGAUCCAGAGCCUCUUUGCGCUGCUGGAACACCGGAACAUGAAGCGGUCGUUGGAGACGCCGAUCAAGCUGAACAAGUCCUUGGCGCUGUGCAUCGCGGCGUAUCAAGAGGACCCCAACUACCUGAAGAAGUGCCUGGUGUCGGUGAAGAGGCUGACGUACCCGGGCAUCAAGGUGAUCAUGGUGAUCGACGGGAACUCGGAGGACGACUUGUACAUGAUGGAUAUCUUCAAAGAGAUCAUGGGGCGGGACAAGUCGGCCACGUACGUGUGGCGGAGCAACUGUCACAGCCGAGGGCCCGAGGAGACGGACGAGACGUUCGCCGAGAGCCUCCAGCAGGUCACCAAGACGGUCCUCAACAACAAGUGUGUGUGCAUCAUGCAGAAGUGGGGCGGCAAGAGAGAGGUCAUGUACACGGCCUUCAAAGCCCUGGGGCGGAGCAUCGACUACGUGCAGGUGUGUGACUCCGACACGAUGUUGGACCCGGCGUCGUCGGUGGAGAUGGUGAAGGUCCUCGAGGAAGACCCCAUGGUGGGAGGCGUUGGAGGAGACGUACAGAUCCUGAACAAAUACGAGUCCUGGAUCUCCUUCCUGAGCAGCGUGCGGUACUGGAUGGCCUUCAACAUCGAGCGGGCCUGCCAGUCCUACUUCGGUUGCGUGCAGUGCAUCAGCGGGCCUUUGGGAAUGUACCGGAACUCCCUCCUGCACGAGUUCAUCGAGGACUGGUACAAUCAGACUUUCAUGGGAUCCCACUGCAGCUUCGGCGACGACCGGCACCUCACCAACCGAGUCCUGAGCCUCGGGUACGCCACCAAAUACACGGCGCGGUCCAAGUGCCUCACCGAGACGCCGAUCACGUACCUGCGAUGGCUCAACCAACAAACUCGAUGGAGCAAGUCCUAUUUCAGAGAGUGGCUCUACAACUCCAUGUGGUUCCACAAGCACCACCUAUGGAUGACGUACGAGGCCGUGAUCACCGGCUUCUUCCCGUUCUUCCUCAUCGCCACGGCGAUCCAACUCUUCUACCAAGGAAGGCUCUGGAAUAUCCUGUUGUUCCUCCUCAUCGUGCAGGGGGUGGCGCUGAUCAAGGCCUCGUUCGCCAGCUGCCUCCGAGGUAACAUCGUCAUGGUGUUCAUGUCCUUCUACUCCGUGCUGUACAUGUCGAGCCUGUUGCCGGCCAAGAUGUUUGCGAUAGCGACCAUCAACAAGUCCGGAUGGGGGACUUCGGGGAGGAAGACGGUGGUGACGAACUUCAUCGGUCUGAUUCCCAUAUCGGUUUGGUUCACGAUCCUCUUCAUUGGGAUUAUCUAUACCGUAAUCCUGCAGACUAAAAAGCCCUUUCCUGACUCAGAGAAGAUUGUUCUGGUCAUCGGGGCCGUCGUCUACGCCAGUUACUGGGUGGUGCUGUUGACGUUGUACAUGGUGCUCAUAAACAGGUGUGGGAAGAGGAAGAAGGAAACCCACUUCGACAUGGUGCUGGAUGUAUGACUUACAGAACUCUCUGGUACGGUUGUUUUCAGCUACACCACGUCGGUAUACAGAUGUUUUGUCGGAUGCAGAGCAGCUCUGGAGGCAUAAUUGGUUGAGUUCAACCAAAAUGGGCAAAAAAAAAAAAAACUUGAAUGGCAACAUAUAAAUGACAGCGGCGGCUUUUUCUCUCUGUUCAUUCAUGACGAUAGCGGUCAUGACCUUGGAACAGCAUGCUAGCUAAUUAGCUAGUUUAAAAAAAACAUGUUACGCUGAAAUUCAGCAACUGUUAAAACUAGCUAAAUUCGAUCAGUCAUGUUUGGCAAGAUUACAUUUAUUGCAGUUGGCAGCAAGAGUGCUAGGCUUUGUAACCUGAGCUACCUCUUGCCCAUGUCAUCUUCACUGGGCUUCAGGCUAACAUUUGCAACUUUUGUGUCUCCACCCUUUGGGGUUUAACUUGACCGGUAAGAAUAUGUUACCUCCAGAGCCUCAUUAUGUCUCCAAGAAAUGUUUGCACAUCCUAACUUAAAAAAGAAGAAGAUCUCCACGUUGCCUCCGCCAAGGCACGUCCAAGAACACCGCCACGUGCAAGUCCACGUACGCUCAUGACGGUCAGAAGGUGCUGAGAGAGGCGACUGCCAUCACUACUAAUGUCAUUGUACUCUGUGUGGAUCUCAUGAAUAGGUGCGGUAAGCCACUAUAGCAUUGAAAGCAAGUUAUACAGCAUCUAUUUACAGAUGCGACGACUUCUAAGGUAUUAUUUCUGAGGGCAAAGCAGGAGGAGGAGCUAAAGUACUAAUUUGCAAGGAAAAAUGUCUCUGCAAUAAAAUGCUGGUUCUGCACUCAUGUCAUGUGGGAAAUACUUACUUACAGUCUUCAGGCAUUAUAUAUUUAUCCAUUCUAUUUUCAAAAAAGAAAGGUUUUGUAUGACUCAAUUCAAUCCAUAAUUCAUAUCAUUGGUAGUGCGCAGGUAUUUCAUGCAGACUUGAUGUUACGAUUCUUAAAGGUAGCCUACAGGGUCCAAUUUCAAUUUCUGGACACCGAUAAGUCAUGUUGUUAUUCCCAUGUGACGUGAAUGCAGUAUUUUCCUCAAGUGUGAAGAAGAAAUCUCAAACUGAUCACUGAUUGGUAGAUAUGAUCUCCACCAGUUCAGGUGACAGGGUGAACAUGUGACCAGAAGAGAGACGGUGUAUCAUUGCUGCUGUGACUGUUCUAUUUUUACAGAAACAACGUCUUUUCUUUUUCUUUUAAAAAUAUAUAUAUAUUAUAUAUAUAUAUAUUCUAUAUAUAUAUAAUUGUAUAUAUAUAUGUGUGUAUAACAAAUAAAUAUGUAUAUAUAUACAGGACUGUCUCAGAAAAUUAGAAUAUUGUGAUAAAGUUCUUUAUUUUCUGUAAUGCAAUUAAAAAAACAAAAAUGUCAU